CUUACGCACUGACUGACUGGUGGAGGUAUUUUGAUCGCAAAGGUGAGGUUAUGUUGGUAUGCUGGGACUUUUAGUUAUGCAUUUGUAAUUAAUUAAUGAAACCAAAGUUAAGCUGUUGCAGGAAGUACCGUUGAAAAUCGCCAAGCCGUUUGGAGUAUAAGCAUUUGUCUUUUUCUAUUAAAUUUCUAUAGAGGCGUUUGUUCUGUAGAGAAUGACUCGAUUGCCCCUGACGAUUGAUAUAGUUGAGAGGUUCCCAGUCUUCUUCUCGGACUUAGUCUGUAAAUAAACCGCUCAGCUACCAGAGACGCUGAAAAAGCAAAAUCGAUGUUUCCAGAGGAGGAAAGCAUGUAUUUCGUGAUCACGUUUUUUUUUUAAAGUUUAAGCUGUUGUUUUGUUUUUAUAUAUAUAUAUUAUUACAGUAUUGUACAUCCGUUUUUAUUUUUGUGACUGAUCGGUUCGUGAUCGUGUUGGAAUUUGGAACACUCAUCUUGCAAGCGUAGAUAGAGCAACCUGUAGAUUAUUUUUUCCACGAAUAAUGUGCUCGUUUUUUUUUUUGUUUUUUUUUUGCAGUUAUGCUCUAGAUUAUAUUAUUCCCAUUAAGAAAAGAGCGUCUAUAAAUUGCAAUUGAUGCCAGAAUUUAGUAUCCGAGUUUUAACAUUGAAUGUUCAGUACUUGACACAGUAGAAUUUACUGAAUUUAAAAACAUGUAAAUGGAUGUUGAUGAUGACUCUGAUAUCGAGUGUUUUUAAAUGUAUAUAUACAUGUAUAUAUAUACAUAUGUAUAUAUUGAAACUUGGUGAUUCGACCUUAGCGGACUUUGGCGUUCUGUCCUUCACGGUUUAAAAUUGUAUGAUCUGCUGAAGAUUACAGUCACCUUGAAGUGGGAAUAUAUCCUCAACAUCAUUUAGUUGCCACACGAGAAAAUGUCGGCUAUCUCGGCAGCAGAGAAAGUGGACGGGUUCACACGAAAAUCCGUGAGAAAAGCGCAGAAACAGAAGAGAUCGCUGGGGUCGUCUCAGUUCCGAAACCUGAGCCAUCUGGUCGAGCUUUCGCCCCUACCACAGCUCAAAGAUGCCCCUAGAACAGAGCAGCAGGAUCUCUUUUGUCAGAAGCUACAGCAGUGCUGCAUGUUGUUUGAUUUCGUGGAGUCUGUUACAGACCUGAAGAGCAAAGAAAUUAAACGGGCAACGCUAAACGAACUAGUGGAUUUUGUCUCCACAAACAGAGGUGUGCUGGUUGAGGCAGCUUACCCUGAAAUUACUGCAAUGAUUAGCACCAACAUUUUCCGGACACUUCCUCCCAGUGACAACCCAGAUUUUGACCCUGAAGAGGAUGAACCAACUCUUGAGGCCUCAUGGCCCCAUAUACAGCUGGUGUACGAGUUUUUUCUAAGGUUCUUGGAAAGUCCUGAUUUCCAGCCUAGCAUUGCGAAGCGAUACAUUGACCAGAAGUUUGUGCUGCAGCUGUUGGAACUGUUUGACAGUGAAGAUCCACGAGAGCGAGACUUCUUAAAAACUGUGCUGCACCGGAUUUAUGGGAAAUUCCUGGGGUUAAGAGCAUUCAUCAGGAAGCAGAUAAACAACACCUUUUUACGGUUCAUUUACGAAACAGAGCAUUUUAAUGGAGUUGCCGAGCUGUUGGAGAUCUUAGGAAGUAUCAUCAAUGGUUUUGCACUACCUUUAAAAGCAGAACACAAACAGUUUCUAAUGAAGGUUUUGAUUCCUAUGCACACAGUUAAGGGUCUGGCUCUGUUUCACGCACAGCUGGCCUACUGUGUUGUACAGUUUUUGGAAAAAGACCCCACCCUUACUGAACCGGUCAUUAGAGGAUUGCUGAAGUUUUGGCCAAAAACUUGCAGUCAGAAGGAGGUCAUGUUUUUGGGUGAAAUUGAGGAAAUCCUUGACGUCAUUGAGCCAACACAGUUUAAAAAGAUUCAGGAACCUCUGUUCAAGCAGAUAGCGAAGUGUGUCUCCAAUCCUCACUUUCAGGUAGCUGAACGAGCUUUAUAUUUCUGGAAUAAUGAAUAUAUUCUGAGUCUGAUUGAGGAAAACAUUGACAAAAUCCUACCAAUUAUGUUUGGUAGCUUGUACAGAAUCUCCAAAGAGCACUGGAACCCGACGAUUGUAGUUCUGGUUUACAAUGUUCUGAAGGCAUUAAUGGAGAUGAACAGUACUCUGUUUGAUGAGUUAACAGCCUCAUAUAAAGCAGAAAGACAGCGCGACAAGAAGAAAGAGCAGGAGCGUGAGGAGCUGUGGCGUAAGCUGGACAAGCUCAGGGUGAAGGAAGCGUCAGGCAUGCUGAACAACACUCACAGCCUGCAGAACGCUCACAACAGCAACACAAGUGCCAAAUGACACGGGAUCCACAACGCAGCCACAACAUCUGUUGGAUGGGCAUCAUUUUUUUUCUACUCAAUCAUUUUUGAAACGUGUGCGAACUAUCAAGAGAAAACCUCAUCAGUAUGAUAAAUUAAAAAAAAUAUAUAAAUAUAUUAAAGCCAAUUAUUUUUGGCAAGCUAUAAAUAGGAAUCUGUGGACUUUUAAGAAUAUUUUUGGGAUGUUAGUGUGGCCACAGUAGAUUUGUAACCUUGUCUAAUCCAUUGAUGUAGUUAUUUCACUGAGAAAUUAGUUUUAUUAUCAUUUUGUGAUAUGAGUGAGGAAUAAUAUUACGGGAGUGGUGAAAAUUCUGACCUGACAAUGUUUUGAUUGUGCUGCACAUAGGCAGAUUUAGUCAGCUAUUUAAAGUAAUGAUUUUCCUAUUUUGUAUGUGCUUUCAACACUGCUGCAGGAGUGGGGGGGGAUGAGAAACAAAAAAGAACAGUAAUGUUGUGCAGUUUCCUUGGAUACAACCAGAGGAUCUAUGUCCCUCACCACCUAAGGAUGAAGCAUUAUCUUAACAUGGAAGACUGAGAAGUUGAGGGGGGAAGAAAAAUGUAUGUUUGUAUUCUAUAUCUAGUUUUUCUGAUGCCUUUGUCAGAGUACCAUUCCAAUCUCUGUUAGCAUACAAUUGUGUGGAAAACUGUUUUGUGAUGAAAGACCUUCUUCGGGGUUUUGAACAUCAUUAAAUAAAGUCUACUUUAUGUUUC